AUGAGGGGCUCGGGCCGAGCCACUUCCCAUAGGAGGCCCCGCACCGCCGGCGACUGCUCGUACUUCCUCCCCAUCGCCCUCUCCCUUCUGAUCCUCCUCCUCGCGGGCUUCGUCGAGCGCGCGGAACCGCUGGCGGUCCCCGGAACAGGCGAGGGCUCCGUGAGCGACAUCUACAAUUCGCUGGGAGCGGCCUAUCUCAACGCCAAGGAUGUGGUGAGCGUGGCCUACACGACCACCACCACGACCGUCAACACGUCGCUGGGCGCGCUCUCCGGCGGGCGGGUCAACUUCGUCGGUACGUCGAGUUCGAUGGCGACCUACUACACCAGCGCCGCGGCCGCGACCUACGCGCAGAUUCCGGUCAUGGCCACGGCCAUGGUGCCCGCCUACACCACCUCGGUCUUCCCGGCCCUCGUCUCCGGCUCGGUGCUCACCCUCACCGGCCCCGUCGUCGCCGGCAUGUGGGACGGCACCUACACCGCGUGGAACGACACGGGCGUCGCCGCGGUCAACGCCAACGUGGACCUCACCACCGGCACCGACAACACGCUGAAGAUCAUCUACUGCAACGACGUGCUGGGCGAGGGCGGCGUGCUGGCCAACUACCUAUCGGCCAUCAGCCCAGCGAUCAAGGCCGUAUUCGACCAGUACAAGACCGACGGCUUCGCCCACCUGGCGGCCGUGACGGGCGGCCGCGCCUUCUCGGGCUGCACCAACGCCGCCAAGUUGGCGCUGCUCGCCACGCACCCUAAGUCGGUGGUCUUCUUCAUGUACCCGGACUUCAAGAAGAACAGCACGGGCCUCUCGAUCGCCAAGAUGGCGGACAAGACCGGCACGGUGGUCGCGCUCACCGUGACCACCCUGGCGCAGGUGACCACCGCCAUGGCCGCGUCGACGCUCAACAACAACGGCACGCUGGUGUACGACAUGACCAACCAGGCCAGCGGCGCGUGGCCGCUCUCCACCGUGUCGUCGAUGGUGCUCUACAACGACGAUGGGGUCACCUCGGCCAACUCCAUCGACUGCGCCACCAUCAAGGAGGUGCUCUCCUUCCUCAGCUGGAUCCAGAUCAACGACAACGCCGCCACCCUCGUCAAGAGCUCCGGCUUCCUCCCGCUCACCGGCCGCCAGCGCAUGAACAUGCUCGACGCCCUGUCGCGCGUGAUCUGCAACGGCCAGUCGGCCCUCACCACGGCCUUCCUGCUGGGCAUGGGCCCAAUCAUCCCCACCUACACCUCGUGGGCCACCGAGUUCGGCUCGUCGGGCUUCACCCUCAAGUACUUCGCCACGUCGUCGGUCGAGGGCCUCGCCAGUCUGGUGGACAACUCGAUCGACUUUGCCUCGACCGGCGCGCUGCUGACCCCCACCCAGCAGGCCGCCCUGCCCGACGUGCUCACCGUGCCCGUGGUCUCCUACGGCUUCGUGUGGAACUACAACAUACCGGAGCUCAUCAACACCGACUACCGCAUCGUCCUCUCCUUCCAGGUCGUGUCCGACAUCUACUUCGACAGGAUUAAGAAGUGGGACCACCCUGACAUUCUGGCGCUCAACCCGAGCAUCGCGUCGCUGCUGCCGGUCAACAAGUCGAUUAUCGUGACCUACUUCAGCACGGUCCAGGUCACGGCGCAGGCCAUCAACCAGGCACUCUGCGCCAACGUGCCCGAGUUCAACAGCACCGUGGGCUGGACCGGCGUCCCGGUCUACCCGAUCUCGCAGUCCUCGCCCGGCCGCACCCAGCCCUGCGCCACGCUGAACGAGGCCACCGUCGCCAUGCGCACGCCCUACGCGCUCGGCAUGGGCGUCUCCUUCACCGCGCUCACGUCGGCCCACCUGCGCCCGGCCUCGCUGAUGAUCAACGGCACCGUGCUGGCCCCCACGCGCGAGAGUAUCGUGCAGGGCAUCACCAACUCGGCGUCGCCGACUGACCUCUUCAUCCUGGCGCCGCCCGGCAACUCCGACAGCUGGCCUAUGAUCUCGACCAACGCGCUCGCCGUGCACUCGCGCAACUCGGUGGACUGCACCAAGGCCAAGAAGCUGGUCGAGUUCAUCUACUGGACGCAGACCGACGAGACGGCGGCGACGAUCGCCAAGGCCAACAAGAUGAUCGUGGCCGGCCAGUCGGCGCCGGUGCGUCGGGCCAUGCUCGCCUUCGUCGCCAACAUCACCUGCGCGGGCGAGCUCGUGACCGAUAUCGCCUACUGCAUCUUGAACGGCACCAUCUGCGCGGACCACGGCACUUGUUUCGGCCGCACGUGCGUGUGCCAGUCGGGCUGGCAGGGCACCUACUGCGCGGAGCCCGUGCCGGAGGCCACCAACAGCGGCUCGACCGACGUGCUCGUGCCGCUGCUCGCCGCGUGCUUGCCAUUCCUCGGCAUUCUGAUCGUGCUGGGCCUCAUCCUGGGCCUCUUCCUCUACUGGCGCAUCCGCCACCUUAAGAUGCGCGACGAGUGGGAGAUCCCCUACAGCGAGGUCGACCUGGGCGAGACCCUCGGCCAGGGCGGCUUCGGCUCCGUCUUCCGCUCCGAGUGGCGCGGCACCCAGGUCGCCGUCAAGGUGCUCACCGACGGCCGCAUCAACAAGGAGAUCGAGCGCAACUUCCGCGAGGAAGUGACCGUCAUGUCCAGCCUGCGCCACCCCAACGUCGUCCUCUUCAUGGGCGCCUGCACCAAGCCCCCGCGCAUGUUUAUCAUCAUGGAGUACAUGGCCCUCGGCUCCCUCUACGAGCUCCUCCACAACGAGCUCCUCCUCUACCAGGCGGCCAAGGGCAUGCACUUCCUCCACUCGUCCGGCGUCGCCCACUGCGACCUCAAGUCGCUCAACCUCCUGCUCGACAACAAGUGGAACCUCAAGGUCUCCGACUUUGGCCUCACCAAGGUCAAGUCCGAGCUCAUGAAGAACGGACCCCGGGGCGGAGCCGUCGGCACCAUCCACUGGACCGCCCCCGAGGUCCUCGCCGAGAGCGAGAGCGUCGACUACGUCCUCGCCGAUACCUACAGCUACGGUAUCGUGAUGUGGGAGGCAUUCACGAGGCAGCAACCCUACGAGGGCAUGUCGCCGGCGGCGAUCGCCGUGGCGGUGCUGCGCAACAACUACCGCCCGCCGAUGCCGGAGGGCUACGACCUGUCGUCCAUGCCGUCGGGCAUCCUCGACGACUCCUUCUCGCCCGGCUCCACCCGGGGCCAGCCCGCGGGCUCCAUCUCGGGCGCGUCGGGGGGGUUCCUGCGCUCGCCGGCGCUCGACAGCGACCUCAAGUACCUCCACCUCAUGGUCCAGUGCUGGCACCAGGACCCGGUCAUGCGUCCCAGCUUCCUCGAGAUCAUGACCCAGCUCUCGACCAACGACUACACGGGAAGCAAGUCGGGCGGCUCGAGCUCGUCGUCGUCGUCGUCGAUGACCUCCUUCGCCGACAUCCGCCACGCGCAGGCUGGACGCCGCCGGCCCGACGACACGUCAGCGCUGACGUCCAACACCAGCGACGGCAUGUCGUCGUCGGCCUCGCUCGGCUCGGGCUCGAUCGACGGCUCGAGCAUGAACAUCCCCAUGUUCAAGUACAAGGUCAAGCUCGACGACACGGGCAACCUGGUCGGCCGCUACGGCGCCAACGAUGCCAUGCUCAGCAGCGACAACAUCGCCGUCGCGUUCCUCGACGUCACCUCGGCCCACGUCCUGUGGCAGCGCGCCCCCGAGGAGAUGGUGGAGACCAUGACCCUCUUCAACAAGCUCGUGCGCGACCUGGCCGCCCGGCACCACGGCUUCGAGACGACGGUGGGCGACCGCGGCAACUCGGAGGGCUCCAUGUGCAUCCUCUUCACCGAGCCUGAGGCCGCGAGCGUGAUGUGCUUCGAGCUGCAGAAGGAGCUGCUGGUGGCACCGUGGCCCGCCAAGCUGCUCGCCGUGCCGCAGGCCGAGGAGGUGGCCGACCCCAUCUCGGGCGACGUCGUGUUCCGCGGCCUGCGCGUGCGGUGCGGCAUCCACGUGGGCAGCAUCUCGGCCAAGCGCAGCAAGGACGCGCGCAAGGCGGGCAUCAAGCACAGCGGCCCGGCCAUCGAAGCCGCCAUGAAGCUGGCCUCGGUGGCCAAGCCCGGCCAGAUCGUGAUCUCGGCCGUCGUGCGCAACCGCCUGGCCGACCUGGGCCUCAUCCAGAAGGGCAAGGGCAACGACGACGACCACGACGACGACAAGAAGAACAAGACGAAGCGGGGGAAGGACAAGAAGAUCAAGACCAGCUUCCUUAAGAAGGUGGAGCUGCCGGUGUCGCGCGUGCGCACGUCGGUGUCGUACCAGGCCUCGACGACGGCCGACGGCGAGACGGACACGGAGCAGCGGCGCGAGCGGACCGAGUCGGGCGACGCGCAGGAGAUCAAGGCCUACGAGAUGCGGGUGCCGGGCCUGUACCGGUACUUUGAUCGGGACAACGACGACGAGCGGAGCAGCGACGAGGACGGGUCGUCGUCGACGCUGAUGGAGCCGGUGCGCGGGCGCGGGCGCGAGGGGCUCGAGGGCGACGCGGAGACGUGGCUCAACUCGGCCAACAUGUGCCCGUGGAUCAUCGACUACUCGAAGGUGACGGUGUACGAGGACAAGCCGCUCGGGGCGGGGUCGUACGGCGUGGUGUACCGCGGGCGGUGGCAGAACGUGGACGUGGCGGUGAAGCGCUUCAUCAAGCAGACGAUGAACGAGCGGAGCACGCUCGAGUUCCGGUCGGAGAUGAGCAUCCUGUCGAACAUGCAGCACCCGAACAUCAUCACCUUCAUCGGCGCGUGCGUGGUGGAGCCCAACAUGUGCAUCAUCACCGAGUACAUGAAGAACGGCAGCCUGCGCACCAUCCUCUCGUCGUCGCUCAAGCUCAGCUUCAACGACCGCAUGCGCAUGCUCUUCCACACCGCGCAGGGCCUGCAGUACCUGCACGACACCGUGUCGCCGUCGAUCAUCCACCGCGACCUCAAGUGCUCCAACAUCCUCGUCGACGAGGCCGACGGCAUCUGGACCGUCAAGAUCGCCGACUUUGGCUUCGCCCGCGUCAAGGAGGCCAACACGACCAUGACCCGCUGCGGCACCCCGUCCUGGAUCGCGCCCGAAAUCAUCCGCGGCGAGAAGUACACCGAGAAGGCCGACAUCUACUCGCUCGGCAUCAUCAUGUGGGAGGUCCUCACCCGCCGCGUGCCCUACGAGGGCCUCAACUUCAUGGGCGUCUCGCUCCAGGUGCUCGACAACCAGCGCCCCGAGAUCCCCGACAACUGCCCGGCCGAGUUCCGCAAGAUCAUGACCCGCUGCUGGCACCCCAAGGCCCACAAGCGCCCGGCCAUCGGCGAGGUCGUCGGCUUCUUCAAGCAGCUGGUGGGCGUCUCGCCCUUCGACGUGUAA